AGGUGUUCCUGGUGACCAUCUUGGAUGCGCGAAGUGAUUGUUUGGCGAAUAAAAAAUAAUAGGAAAUAUAAAAUACAGCGUGAAAAGUUGGGAAAUUGCGUUGGAACUGAAAAGGAUAUUAAGAAGGAAAGUGCUACUCAGGAAAACCAGUAAAAGAAGGCAUGAAGAAAACAUCAUAGUCAAAAAGUCAUGGCUGAUAAAAGAAAACUUCAAGGUGAAAUAGACAGAUGUUUGAAAAAAGUUGCAGAAGGGGUAGAGCAGUUUGAGGACAUUUGGAAAAAGCUCCACAAUGCAGCCAAUACCAACCAAAAAGAAAAAUAUGAGUCUGACCUCAAGAAAGAGAUUAAAAAAUUACAGCGUCUUCGAGACCAGAUUAAGACGUGGGUCGCCUCCAAUGAGAUUAAAGACAAAAGGCAGCUAGUAGAGAACCGCAAACUUAUAGAGACGCAAAUGGAGCGGUUUAAGAUUGUGGAACGGGAGACCAAAACGAAAGCAUACUCUAAAGAGGGACUCGGCCUCGCUCUGAAAGUUGAUCCUGCACAAAAAGAGAAAGAAGAGGUUGGGCAGUGGCUAGCGAACACGAUAUACACUUUGAAUAUGCAAGUGGACCAGUUUGAGAGCGAAGUAGAAUCACUUUCUGUCCAAACCAGAAAAAAGAAAGGAGACAAAGAGAAGCAAGAUCGAAUAGAGGAGCUGAAACGAUUGAUCGAGAGGCACCGGUAUCACAUCCUCAUGCUGGAGACCAUCCUCAGAAUGCUGGACAAUGAAUCGUUACAGGUGGACACCAUCCGCAAGAUCAAAGAUGAUGUAGAAUACUACCUCGAUUCUUCUCAGGACCCUGACUUUGAGGAGAACGAGUUUCUCUAUGACGACCUUGAUUUGGAGGAGAUCCCCCAGCCACUGGUGGCCACGUCUCCAUGUCAGGCAGAGGAUGAAAUUUUCCAGAACUCCAGUUCCACGCCAACCUCAACAACGUCAUCUUCGCCCAUACCUCCCUCCCUGGCUACAUGCACUACGAAUUCGGAAGAUGAAAAGAAGAGAGGUCGUUCGACAGACAGUGAAAUCAGUCUGUCACCUAUUAAGAAUGGAAAUCCAUCUUCAUCUCUAUCCUCCUCCUCUUCGUUGUCCUCAUCUUCUGGAGCUUCUUCAAACUCUUUGAUCUCCAUGGCAACUAUCGCCAGAAGUGGAAGCUUGACAUCAGGGGGCAGCAGUCUCUUAGGCAGCCUGGGCGGCUCUGGCAGCUACAGUUCAGCCACCCAGCAACAAAUGCAGCAAUCCCAACAACAGCACCAAUACAAAAACUCCAUCUCCUCUCAAUCCAAUCCCAACUCUGCCUCCUCCAGCAACAGUAUCUUACUCCCAACAUCCACCUCUACUUCACCGGCCAACACCAGCGCACCCGGCUCCCUCACGUCCAACUCACAAAGCCAGCCUCUAUCGGGGACAGGUCCCAUCUCUAAUAUGGGCCUCGGGAAGGGUACAAUGUCAUCAAGUGGCACAAAUCAGAUACCGGGCUUGGUUUUAUCAGGGAUGCCGGCGUCCUUGAGCAGUAUGACUGGGUUUUUGAGUGGAUCUACCCCAGCGCCUUAUGCGCAAGCGGCCGCCGCAGGAGCCAGCGGGCUCUCAGUGUCCAUUGGAACGAAUGUUAGUAGUACCAACUGCAGUGGACUUGUAACCUCAGUGGGAACAAAUGGAGGUUUAGGCUCCACAAGCCUUUUGGGCUCAGGUGUUUUGGAUCUUGGGUCGAUGCAGUCCGCAGUGGAGCCUUUGCCUCUGGUGGCUCCCAGCUCUGUGGGAGGAGGACUGUCCUCAGGAAGCAGUGUGGGAGUUAUGGGAAGCAAUGCAGGGACAUCUGGGACAGGAAGUGCAUCAGCUGUGGGAAGUGUUGUGUUACCACAACCGCCUAGUGCACCGAAACAAAAUGGUGGUACAAGUUAUAGUGCUGUGGUAGCAGACAGCACGUCAGACUCCGCCCUCAACAGUGCCAGCCAAUCACAGAACAGCCAAUCCGUGUCUUUAAAUUCCACAACAAAUCAGCCUAAGGACAGUGGGUCCAGCCUUCUGGGGUCGAUGACACUGAUGCCCAGCUCGCCCUCGCCAUCAUACAGUGAGAGUAAACCGGGUGCUGGCAGCCUGCUGAAUGGCCCACACUCCUACACACAAGCUGCCGACAUCAUUAAGCCUCAGGAGCCCCUCAGUUCUCUCAAAUCAAUGGCAGAGCGGGUCGCCCAGGAGUCAGGUUUAGAAGGAGAACUGUCUGCACUACAUAUCACUAGUGAUAUAUUCCCCAGCUCCACGGCUACUUCAGACACUCCUGCAGCUCCUCACCCUGCUCUGUCAGAGGUGAACAUCCCCCCAUCAUUAGGUGUGUGUCCGCUGGGGCCCGUCUCCCUCUCCAAAGAGCAGCUCUACCAUCAAGCCAUGCAGGAGUCCGCCUGGACACACAUGCCUCACCCGUCCAACUCUGAGAGAAUCAGGCAGUACCUGAUGAGGAACCCCUGCCCAACACUGCCUUUUCACCAUCAGAUGCCACCUCCUCACUCUGAGAGUGUGGAGUUCUACCAGAGACUGUCCACAGAGACCCUCUUCUUCAUCUUUUACUACUUGGAGGGUACAAAAGCGCAGUAUCUAGCAGCCAAGGCCUUGAAAAAGCAGUCGUGGAGGUUUCACACAAAGUACAUGAUGUGGUUUCAGAGGCACAAGGAGCCUAAGACCAUCACUGAUGAGUUUGAGCAAGGGACAUAUAUUUACUUUGACUAUGAGAAAUGGGGCCAGAGGAAAAAGGAAGGAUUUACGUUUGAGUACAGGUACCUUGAGGACCGAGACCUUCAGUAACGGAUGGACAACAAGAACGGAGGACUAUGUCGACAUUCCGGACUGAAUCAACACACUCUCUUUUAUUCACUGAGGUGGAGAUCCAGAUGCAUAUGCGGAACUGUUUUAUGUCUCGCUGGUGCAUAAUGCAUCUGGAGCCCUCCCACUCUUUUCAAUCCACCCCACCCACAAGCCACUCCCUCCCCUUAUGACUCUGCCUUCUCAUUAAAUCGCGCUGAACAGCGUUAAAUAUCUCAACUUCUUCCAUCUUAGAUAAUGAAACUUUAUGGAGCAUUAUUGCACCAAAGAAGAUGUUGAAUGUGGUCGUGCAAAGCAUUCACCCUUAUAAGCAAAAUUACAACAAAAACAAAACUAGAUGUGGACUAAUUAUCUAGCCAUGGUUAAUUGUUUAAAAUUAAGUUCUAAAGAUUCACUAUGACAUUGAAAACGUAAAACUAAAUUAAACAAUUUUUUCUGA